UAAACUUUGAAAAGAAUUAAAUUAAUUUAAUUGCAAGGCUGCAACUCUUGAUCAAGCAGAGAAGGCAAAAGGGAGUGACUGAAGAAGACCAGAGAAAGUGGUUCUGUGUUCGGCGAACGGAGAUCCAUGUCGGUUGAAUCGCCAAGCUCUGUUCGUAAAGUGGUUGUUCAUCUGAGAGCUACCGGUGAUGCUCCGAUUCUCAAGCAAUCCAAAUUCAAGAUAGCUGGAACUGAUAAGUUUGCCAAAGUGAUAGACUUUCUUCGCCGACAGCUCCAUAGGGACACAUUGUUUGUAUACGUCAAUAGUGCUUUUUCACCAAAUCCUGAUGAAUUGAUCAUUGAUUUGUAUAAUAAUUUUGGUUUUGAUGGCAAACUGAUAGUCAACUACGCUUGUUCCAUGGCAUGGGGCUAACUCUGAAUGAUGGUUGCUGAUUAUUGGAGUGAACUUCACUCACUCACUUGCAUAUACUAUAAAAGUACACACGAUUUCUUUAUAACUUGGAAGAUUCUGACAAAUACGGAAAUGGAACAAAACCAACACGGUAGGGACUCUUCAUGAUUUUGGUUUGAAAUGUUUUUUUGGGAGUGUCUACUUUUAUAGCAAAUUGGAAUCACCCUUCUGGGAAUAUUCAUGUCAUGAUAGUUGUGGACUGACAAUUAUUUAGAGACUCGUAGUGCUUGUUGAAUCCUUUAGUUAUUCAUUCUGUAAUAAUUAUUAUUUUGAUGUAUAUAGCUUCGGCCAAUUUUUUCUUUUUC